AUGUACAAGGAAUCUUCAGUUCAAUUAUGGACACGUAUUACGCUGAUAGCAAUUUUGUCACCGUGCGUAGCCUCAGGAUUCAGUUGUUUGAAGGAUGUUCACCCAGGAAAUUGUACCUGCUAUCCCUUUGGUCGUACACGAGUUCGUGUCAAGUGCACUGGUAUAACACAAGUACCCAGUAACUUGCCUGAAAAUACGGUGUCGCUGUAAGUAAAACGUUAUUCUCUCACUGUGAAAGUGAUUUAUAGACCUACUUCAAAAUAGCGGCCAUGAUUACUCUUCUUCAAUAAAAACAAGCCUUCUUUACGUCGCUUUUUGGAGAACUUUCUGCAGUUCAAAUGAAUAAAGAGGGUAAGUUUCUAAAGAAACUGUGCUGCUGCGUCGGUGGGAGAGUAUAACAGGGUAAAUUAGUAUUAUCAACUCAGUUGAUAAUGUAAACUGGCCACCGUGAAGGGUUUAAAAGCUGACGUCAACAAUUUUGCGAAACUGACGUAUUAAAUCUUACCCAGUACUUCCCCAUGUAGUAUUUCUAUUCCUGUGACCAAUACUUACAAUCAAGUACUUGUGUAAAUAAUUAUUUCCUCAUGUUUCUCUACUGAAGUUAAAUUCUUUUAAAAUAUUUCGUUAUCUAGAGAUCUUUCAAACAACCGUUUGAAAUCUAUACCGGAGGACGCCUUCUCAAAUCUGAAAUUUCUCGCAAAAAUGUGAGUUGAUGUUCACGUUGUUAUUUUUAUCAUAGCUGUCAGACUUAUUCCUAUUUGCUUGCGAGCGAUCCGGGUCUGAGCUGAGUGCAUUAAAUUUACGUAGGUCUGCACCGUUUAUUCCAUGUCAUUUAUUUUUUUCCUUUCAACUGGUCCAGCAAUUUUAUUAUUCAAUGCUCUUGGGGUCAUUUCUCUCAGCAGACACCUCUAAGGAUAAGUUCACUUGUCUUCUUUUGUGCUUCAACUGGAUUUGUCGCUUAGACAGUUGCUGUGUGUCUAAUCAUGCUUGAGACUCACACAUUGCGCAUAUUUUUAGACACUUUAUCGUUAUCAUUAUUACUAUUAUUGUUAUCAUUAUAGGAGAUCUUCACAAGCGUGUAAGCUUAUUACAGGAGGUUCAAGCGUUUAGCUGCAUUAAUUUGUUUUUGAUCUUGAUUGUCAUUCUUUUCUUAUCCUCUCAGAGAUCUAUCGCAAAACAAGUUAAGGACAAUUCCGAGGAACACUUUCCGAAAUCUGACAGCUUUGUUUAACGUGUGAGUGAUUGCAUGAUUUUUCAUCAAGGGGCAUUGGAAUUUUUCAGAAAAAAACUUGGCUCAAGAGAUAAAAUUUUAAGCGGCAAGAUUUUGUUCCUAUGCUACUGAAGAAGAAUCAGCAUCCAAUUAUACAUUUUCCCCUUAAAAAAAACCCCUCAAUUUCAUUCUGACUUAACGCUAGUCACUUUUGAUAACCUUAACGAGGCGCCUUGUGUUCAAAUGGCACUUCCUGUUCGAUUCAUAUUAGGAAUAGAUUCUCUAAUAUAAUGCUUAUUCUUGUUAUUUUUUUGGUUGAUUUUAGAAAUAUCUACCAGAACAACAUCAAAGGUGGAUUUUUCCUUCCUAAAAGCGUAGUAGCAUUGUAAGUUCUAGUUUUUCAAAGGUUUUUUAUUUUAGGCUACAAAGCAGAAGUAUGCUCAACCAUCCAUACAAAUUUCAUCUCCACCAAUCAAAAAUACAUAUGACAUAAUGACUCAUGAAUACCGCGUUUUGAGUGACCUAUCCUCUCAGAAACUGUCUUAAAAUGCGCCAAAAACUCGAUUAUGUUCGCUGUUAUAUUUAAUCAUUCCCAGCAAACCUGGUCAUUUACCGAUGACGUAAAAUGCAAUUCCAGUUCACCUUUUUACCAUUCUCUGGACUCAGAUCUGAAGGCUUUGCUGUAAAAGGGCUGUUGAGGAUUUUCGUGUAUGGCCAAUUUGCUGAGUUUUUUUUUCAGGCUCUUUUCAAAAUGGUGGUCAGGAAUCCAAAGAGGAAGAAAAUUUGCGAAUUUUUAGUUCACUCUCAGCUUUGGAUUCUCAGUUGGGAAAAGUUGUAACAGCGAGGAUAAAACUUAUCAGCAUACGUCUCCUUUAUGUAACUCGAAAAUAAAUCAUGAUGAAGGAUUUUAUACAAAAUUUGCUUUGCAUCAAAUUUGCUUAAUUUUAUCCUUAUUCUAAAGGAAACAGAUAAGAUUUUUCAAGCCAGCCUGAAAAUUAAAUUGAAGAGCUAAUUCAAUACCAUGCAUCAGACAACAUUCUGAGUCUGAUGGCUUACGAGAAUGCGUUGGUAUGAUCAAUUUAUGUCAAAAAUCGAUGCAUGAGCGUUUUCUCUCGUUUUCGUUCAAUUGAUCAAAAUGUAAAGCUAAAACUACGUCUGUCGACCUUGCAAAGAGACUUCCGAACCCUUUUAUGAAAAUAAACCUUCAUCCCUUUAUUUGUUUACAGACAGAUGUCUUACAACGACCUAACGUUGGACGACAUGAAAGAGAUUUUGCAAAAUUCUAAGGAUAUUACUUUCCUGUAAGUGAGUGCAUCUUUUAUGGAAAUAUACUCAUUUUAUGAAGCAUGAGAUGAGUCUUACUUUUCACUGCGUUACUUAUUGUUAUGGAGUCCAGGUCCGGGUGCAAGCACUCGAUUAAUUAAAAGGACGUAGGGGUAUUGGCAAGGCGUUGGAGAAACCUAACGAAUUACUAAGGGGCUACCACAAAGUUAUCACUAAGUAUUCUCUUCUCUAAAGCCUGGUUUUCGUACAACGUAAGCACAAGUGCAAGCACAAAUGUUACGCAAGCAUAACAAAUCUUUUUUCACCUUGAAAAUUACCUCGACGCCAGCACUAACGCAAUUGGAAGCAAGAGAUCAGAUUUUUUCCUUUGUCCUGUCCUUUGCACUUUUGCUUGCAUCAAGGCCAUCAUACGGGCUUUUAAGUUUGCACUUCCGCUUACGUCGCCUAGUUACAACAAGGCUUACGACUGAUGGUUCUUCUCUCUGGUCACUAAUCUUUGCGAGGCAGGUAGUUCAGACGUUAAUAUGUUUAAUAUCAUCCAGCUUCACCUGAGUCCAAUAUUUAAACAAGACGAAAGACUUAUUUUUAAGCUAAUUGCUUUGGUUUACAUAUUAUUAAAUCCUCGCAGAAACAUUGCAGGAAAUCCCCUUGGACCUAACUUAACUGCAGACAUUUUCGCUGGUUUUGACAGGAUCGUGUAUUUGUAAGAACCGUAAUUGUUUGUAACACAUUAACAAGAUUCAUGUAAGAUUUAUUUCAAUAAUUAUGGCACCUUUUCAAGGUUUCCACUUUGUCGCAAUUAGUACUGUUACAGUUUUUGUUUUUUAAAACCUUUGUUAUUUCAGUUUCUAAUUCAGUCUUUCCUCGUUUACCAUGCGUGUUUUUCUUGGCGUGAGAUCGCUGGUGAUAACAAUCAGCAAAUCCUGACAGCUGAACAUUUCACACAAUUAUGACGAUCCUGUCAUAUUUGUAAACUCCUUUCUGAUUUUAACGUCAUCUACGCCUUCGUCGACGUCGUCAUCAUCGAAAACCAGGGGUGUAGGCAGCGUUUCCACUUGUUGUAGGCCUGUUUCUAAAGAAACUUAAAUUUUUGUGAUUCUAAUAUAUAACAACUUUUAAUAAGCAGCUUUGUCAGUGACUAAUGACGAGUUCUUCUUGUCAUUUAUUUAAAAUUAACCUUCAUGAAUGAUACUCUCUCAAGCUCUACGCAACGUAAACAUUACACCAUCUCAGCAAAACGAGGGCUUUUUGGAAUAGAACUGGAUAAUCACUUACCAUAUACGUAAAUUUAUUUCAUAGGUAUGCAAUAUAUAAGGACUGGCUACAGAUAUCUUGCUGAACGGAUUGUGCUAUGCAAAGCUAAAUGAGGUUCUUUAUUUCUUAAUUAGGGAAUUGUCAGGAAGCGGUUUAAAGCGCAUCGAAAGUGGAGCCUUCCAGGCAAUGAAGAAGAUAGAAAAGCUGUGAGCUGAACAGGUUUUUUGCUCUCACUUACUGGGCGAGUUUGGCUGUUUGGCUGGGCUGAACAGGUUUUCUGGCUCUCACUUACUGGGCGAGUUUUCGGCAAACUUAAAUAACUGUUUCUCUAACAACUAUCGUUUUUCUAUUACCACAUAGCUGGCUUUUAAUUGCACGCGGUUUCUCCACUAAGAGGGUCUCGAUGGGAUUCUAACUUUUACGGCUAACAGUUAAAACGUUGGCCAAUUUACAACUAACGGUUAGUAUGUUACCAUUAUGGUCGCCAGAAAGUUUUUAUUAAGGUUUUUAACUUUUUCGACGAAUAACGGUCAAACCGCUAAAUUUUUGGCCUUUUUACGACAAACGGUUAACCCCGUUGAGACCCUUCAUUGAGCGAGAGCCUCGAAAAGGCUGAAAACUUGUUAGUCCACCCCUCAACAGUUUCUCUCAAUAAAAAUCAAGAACUUUGUAUGUAAGUAUUGCUUGAGUUGCUUUCGACUCCGUCUUCGUGUUCCAGACGAUCAAGAUAUAAUUUUCUUAUGAGUUUAUUCUUAAUAAACUGUUUAAUCGUUUGUAUCACGAUAUAGUCACUUGAGAUGCAGAUCGCCAUCUACAUCUCAAGUGACUACAUCGUGAUACAAACGAUUAAACAGUUUAUUAUUACUUACCAGUACCAUGAGCAAUGACCUCUUUUACGAUAGUUUAUUAUUCUUUACUGCAGAUAUAUUCGAUCGACAAAUUUGACAAAAAUUGCUGAUGGAGCAUUCAACUCUUUAAGUAAACUCAUUGAAUUGUAAGUCCCUUUUUUAAUGUUGUUACUUUAAGAAUUGCUCUUCUUUUAUCCUUCUUAAAAAAAAAUAAACCUUCAUGAUCGAAAACUAUCACAAGGAUAUGUACCUCGUUCCUCAUGAUAUAUUGGAAAUAUGUGCCUGCUGCACUAACCUCCUCAUUCCAUAAGAUACAUAAUUUCAUUAAACCGUGCCGAUUCCUAUCCAGCUUUUCAGCUUUUUUGUUGUAACAAUUACGUGUACAUGUUCCCUGUUACCUUUCUAUUUCGUGCCCCGUGGCACAAAACGCGUCCACUUGCAGAGGCCUUCGCUAGAUUUAACGACUUUUCACUCUUAAUUUUGAAUACUCCAGGCGAUUAGAUGGCAACAAGUUAACAUCUGUACCCGACUUGACUGGUCUUAAGACGGUGGAGUUUCUGUAAGUUUCUAUUACUCAAACAGUGGGUCACUUCUUGUGUUGUUAUUUUACCUUGCUUCACUUUAUCGAAAAUCUUUCAAAAGGCUUGAAGUGUAAUCUUGCUAACAUUGAGCCAUUUUCUACGCCAACGUAAACUGCACUUUUACUUUUUGAUUUUCCUGAAAGUACCAAAUCAGUAACCAUCAACUAUUCAAAGCCAUUCGUAACAGAAUUUUUUUUCAAUUUCCUUGCUAAUUUCGAUUUCUUCAGGAGGAUUUAACCGUUAAUGCUUCAAACUCUUAUCAACUAUUGUUGACAUUUUGGACACAAACGAUAUACACUGUGCCCUGAGAAUUAAGUGGAAAUUGGCUCACACGAUUCCGUGGAGCAAUACACAUCUUUUGAAGGUGAUAAAAGGCCACAAAAUGUAAAAAAAUGAUGUUUUGUCAAGAAAAUAUUACAUAUCUAUUUUUUUUAUUAUCUAAGUUGUAAAAGAAUUUAGUCAGCAUGAGUCCAUUCAAGAGGAGAAAACACGAAAGAAACCUCAAGUUUAAGUAUCCAUCAUAACGCAUUAUUAAACCUUUAACUUCCAAGAUCAGGUUGUUAAUUCUCCCCUCUUGCUACUACACAUUACCUUGUUAAUUAGUUAUGAGAAUUUGGUGUUAGAACGAGAUAAUAUCUUCUGCCUGAUUAAUUUGUGUAUUCUUAUUACCUAUUUAUUGGAUAAUGUAUGGAUAUUUUAGGGAGAAGUUACAUAAUCACUUCUGGAAGUUAAAGAGUUAAUAUGUACUUUGUAUCGCAAAUUUUCUAUUCCAUGCAAAGUUUUCAACGAAUUAAAAACUAGAGCAAUCUUGGAGAGUUCCUUCUCUCGAUUCCUCUGUCCAAUCACAAAACAAGCGUUUUGGUGAUAGUGAUAUUAGUGUCGUACCAUACAGUUGUAAUUGAGUGAGCUACAUUUGGGAUUUUUUAUUAAUGAAACUGAACGUUUUAAAUUCAUUCAUUUGUUUAUUAAUAUUACAAAAAAAUUCUAAUGAUCUCACUUCUUUUAACUUUUUCAGAAACUUGGGAAAUAAUCGAAUAAGCAACAUAUCAAGCCUUGCAACGUCAAGAAUCAACUAUGUGAGAGAAAUGUAAGCAAUAUGCAUUUUAAAAAGAGAAUUCCCCCUGCAAAUAGAUUCCUAUUUUUAGGAGUGAUUCGAAUUCCGUAAUAGACAUUUUGUCAGUACGGAUGGUUGGCUUGAGUGCAUUCAUAUUUAUCUGUAUGCGCAUUAUCUCUUUAGGUCUCUGACGAAAAAUCAAAUCGAGCAGCUACCAGCCGAAGUGUUCCAGAAUUUGAACGUACUGUACGCUUUGUAAGUUGUGUUUGAUUGGAUACUGAGACUCACUGAUUUCAUACUUCACUCAUCUACGGCUUUGUUUGUGAUUGAUUGCCUAAUAUGUCCUAUACUUACUUAUACAGAGAUUUGUCUUUCAACAAUAAGCUCUCGUCCAUACCAGAUCGUGCGUUUUCUGGUCUCAAGCAAUUGAAAGUAUUGUAAGAGAAAUUUUAUUUUUAAACAUGUAAUCUGUUUGUAAAUAGAAUAAGAGAGAUGGUAAGUUUUAAGCUCGGUAAAGAAGUAGAGAAAGAUGUUUUACGUCUUCAGUUGUCAUGAGACUGGGACAAAGAAAAAAUUCUGGGUCCCCAUGAGAUUCGAUUCCUCAUGGGGACUCAGAAUUUUUUCUUUGUCCCAGGCUCGUGACAAGACGAAAAACAUCUUACCUGUUGUUAUCAAAAAUUACGAGGUAACCCUAAACAUGCUAAUUAGAGAACUAUUAUUUGAAAACUCUAUAUAUUUAGAUCAAAUCUGCCUUUUCUGCUCCUUUUUUUUUGUUUUGAAACAGUUAGAACACAAAAUAAAAAAGAAUUACUCUGAAAAUCCAUGUCAUUUUCCCUUAAUUAGGUUUCUGCACUUCAACAACAUCUCAAAAAUUAGCAGCCUUACCUUUGCUGGGCUUCAAAAUCUGAGGUUGCUGUAAGUAAUCUUUUCACUUUAAGUUGACACGAAGAAAACCGUUGAAUGUUAUUGUGCCGUAUGAAACGUUUAGAAAUGAAUUUUAAAAUACUGAACGUAAAAAACAUACACACACAGAAGAAAGAAACGUUGACUCUAAAAUAACGCGGAAGAACUAAUACAGAACACUACUGGAAGCCUUUCUCCUAAUCUCCGAGAAAGAGUUCUAUGUAACAGGGGUUUAACAGAGAGCUUGAAGCGUCCGUCUUGUCUUUUUUUUUUGAAGGAUGCUUGUGAACAACAGUCUGGCUUCUCUUCCUGAAAAGGCUUUGGCUGAAAUGUCUUUGAACUUUUUGUAAGUAACCUGAAAUCUAUGAAUUAUUUGCAAAUUCUAAGGUGUCACAUGGAUAUCAUUAAUAUAUGUAGAUUAACUUUACAUUAAGAUGGUGUGUUCUAAUGCCUUUUACUUUCUCUUGAAAUCUCACAAGAUAGUUUCAUUCUCCCUGUAUUGUUAUCUGUAGGUUUUUACACGGAAACCGAAUCAAAAACGUUGAUGCGAAUGCUUUUCGCGGCCUCACUGAUCUGCGUUUGGUGUAAGUUGUAUUGAAUAGAAGUAAACUGAUAUGCUUUUCUUUCAGCUUCGUACAUAGUUCUAUAGUAUUUAGCAUUUUAAUAAUUUCAGUAUCGAUCAGUUUGUAGAUGGUUUUUCUAAAUCAGUAUCACGAUCUUGGUGGUUUUAUGUCAAGUUUCCCCUUGGUUUUUCUUUGUACGGGAUAGCGACAAAUUUAUUCCGCGUAAGGGAAACUGCCAUUUUAAAGCAAUUCAUUCUUAAGUUUAUCAUAUAAACAAAUUAACUUCUUGAAUUUUAGGACGCUAUUUAAAAAUCCCGCCUUAACGUCACUCCCAAGAAAUGUAUUCGAUGGACUGAAUGAAAAUGUUACUUUGUAAGUAUAGAUAGUUCUUUACAUCGCUUAGAAUGCUAUUGUCUUUCGCGACAUGUACUUGCAGUGCCCAUUUAAUCAGCGGGCAGCAUAAUAAUUUGCAUAUCCUGAACUAGUCGGUUGUGAUUGGUCAGCAGGUAAAGCUUUGGGAAUACAUGAGUCUCUUUGCAGAUUUCAGCUGCUGUCAAUCAAACGGUUGGAUGUGUAAAGUAAAUCCCAAUUCAUAACAUUUGUCUGUAAAUAACACUUUUCUUAAAUAAACGUUAUACUGAAUUUGGCGAACAUUGCUAGACGUAUUUAAGUGAGUAAGUAACUUCAUUUCUGAGUCAAACAUAAAGACCAGCCAAAGGAAAAAUCCUAAUAGGGGACAUGUAAGAGAAUAAUGGUAUCUUUAAAGUUCGAUUAGUUCAACAAUCGCACUCGCAAAAAAAGUAGGUUCCAUGAACCUCCAACCAAGGAUUGAGGUCGAUAGCCGGAUGUUCUGUUUUAAGUUAUUGCCUAUUUUCUAUUUCGUUAAAAUCGCUUCAAUCGGUAGAGAAAAAUAUGAGCGAUGCUUCCGACAACCGGCUUGUGAUUGCGACGAUCGUCGAGAUAGAACUUAAGUCUAUCUUGCGACAAUAAUAGGAGUAUGAUUUCCAUAUGAUAGUAACGAUUGCUGAAUAUUUUUGCAGCGAUCGCAGCGAUCAUAUCUUAAAAGCAUUUACAGUUUUUUAAGCAUUGUCUAGUUACCACCUCAAUUUCAAUAAUAAUUAGGCGGCGUGUGCGCGAUUGUUUGCGGAGGCGGAGCUUAGCAUACGUUGAUAUUCUCGCGGGAAGUUUAAAAUAGGUCACUUGUAUUUUCGUGGGGGUCUCCAAAGGACAAAUUAGGAUAGAACACUACGAUGCUGAGCAAACGUUUUCGAAAUUCGCGUUUUGCGACUACUUCCAAAGUUUGGAAUCCCUUGGAAAUUUCUAUGACGCUUUCUAGAAUGUCAAAUAAAAAUAACCGUAUGGUAAAAGAGAAAUCUAGCAAUUGAGUGAAGAUAAAUUACGCCUGAAAGUGCGCCGAGAUCGACUUCUCAUACAAGCAGGAUGCUAACAUCGUCAAUUUUCAAGGCAAAUUUGCGAACUCUUCUAAAAGCGCAAGAACAAAGUGAGAAUGAUACACUGUUCAAUUGAACUUUCUUCUUUAAAAGCCAUAUGGUAAAAGUAGCAUUUGAAAAGUAGUUUAUCCGUAAACGAAGAGAACGUAAGCCUUCCUCGGCAUUUUCAGCCCUUUUCCUUUAUUGUUUGACAAUCAUUUUCUAAUAAGCUUUUAAAUUUAGCGCCGGUGUCUCAAUGAAAGUCCCGGAUAUGUCGCUGAAUGCUGGGCGAUGAUCUACUCACAAUGAUACAUUUCUUCAAAGCCCUUUUACAUUCAAUAAGUAUGAACUUUGAGUCAUUAAUACCAUUACAUACCCACUGUUCCUCAUUGCAGUUGCUUGGAUAAAGAUUGUUAUUUGAGAUAUUUGACAAUCGGUAAUUCAAGUUGGUUAUACCUUCCGAGAGAGACACCUCGUUUUUUUUAAGAUCACUGAAACCUCAGGUGAUGCCAACUGACUUAAAGGUGUUUUAACCAUGCAGUGAUAAAUAACAAACUGCACAAUAAUUUUGUUCUUGACUGAUCCUGAUCUUCGUGCACGGUUCUGACCAAAUGAGCUACUUCAUUUAAACCUACUAAUUGUCAAUUUACUUAAGCUACCCCAAACCUCAUCUUAAAGUUAAAAGGUUUGAACUUCUUUUUAGAGCUCUCUCCUGCAAAACCCUCAAAGAGCUUCCUCGAGGGAUAAACGAUGCAAGAGUGUAAGUGAAAGAUCAAAUAUAGCAAUUUUGGUGGCAAUUCAGGAUCGCUCGGGUUUUGCUGUAAACCUCAGAUUAAAAACUACGAUUAAUUAACCUUGACUUGAUAAUGUUUAUCAACAAAGAAAAAAAGUUAGUCAUCGUUACUGAGAAUUUGAAGUUUUUAACCAAAAUUUAAAAACUUUACAGAUCAGUUAUUUUUUGCUGCCUCGAGGUCACUUACAUAUAGGGUGCUGAAGUAUAUUAUCUUCGGUUUGAUCUACUUUAUCAGAUGCAGUAAGAUCCGGCUGUGAUGUGCUGUGCUGUCUUGUUCUAUAAUGUAUCAUUUUUGAGCUUUCAUCAAUGAUUUGUCAUAUUCAGUAUCUUUUGGUCUAGUUUGGUGUGAAUCUGAAUCUAGGCCAUUUCAUUUGCCUAACAUACAACCUUUGUGGAACUCUCUAACCUUGAAUUACAGUGUAUUGUUGCGCCGGCUUUUCACCCCUUUGGUUUUAUUAACAAGUUUCUGGUUUUAAUUUCUUUCAUCAGCGUAUGUGCUCCAACAGAAUCUUUGUUUGUAGUGGUGUAUUCCCCAGAACGCCGCUACCAGGUGGAUGGUCUUCUUGACUCCGGCUUUAUGUGUUCUAAAUGCCGUCAGGGGGGCUAUCACAGAUGCCUUAAUUGUAGCCUUUGCUCGACGGGCACCUACAGCAGCCGUGAUAGAGCGAAUUCACAUUGCUUGAGGUGCCCUGCAGGUAAAUACGAUGCUUUACAUGUUGCAAUUUGUUUUUGGAGACAUUUACGUUUAGCUAAAAACCAUAAAAUGAGUGUCUGAUCUCAAUGAAUAGAGUAUCGCUCCCAAAUGUUUUAUUUUUAGGAGGCUUUUACCAAGACGAAAUGGGCCAAAUUGACUGUAAGACCUGCUCCAUUGGCACUUAUGUUCCUGAGAUUAACUACCCUGGAAAAUCCGCGACUGACUGUCGUGCAUGCCCUUACGGUAAGAGAAAAUAAUGAUUGAAAUUGAGUUUUGAAAAAUUGAGGCAAUAAUAUUGAAUAGAAGAGAAUUCUUCUUGUAAGAAUGCAUUAUGUAUGAAUAUCUUGAGAAGAAUCUCGAUUUCAGAAAUUCUUGCUACAAGAAUAAGGAAUUCUUUUCUCAAGAACGAGAAUUCUUCCUUUAUCAUAUUGACCCAUCUCGUCUCGAUAAAGAAGGAAUGGGUCAAUAUGGAUGCAAGAUUUGUAGCACGUAUACCUAUGUUCACGAGGAGUAGCAUCCUGGAAAAAGUCCUAAUGACUAUCGCGCAUGCCCAUACGGUAAGGAUCAGGUUCAAUAACAAGCUAUUGCGUGAUUUCACUUUCGUUCUUAUUGUCCGAUGACCAUGAUUUUAUGCUUUGAAAGAUGUGCUUGCUUUUCAUUAUGAUUUUACACAUGAACUAAUUAUCAAACAUUUUCUCGCGACUAAGAGUCAUUACUGAUUGCAGAGCCAAGCUAGGAAAACCAAUUUGUUUCGACACCUGUACUGCUAAUUUUCGGAAGGCGGUGAGGUAAAACGACUACCCGUCGCUAACCGUAAAUUGUUAACCGGGUACUGUCUGUAAAAUUUGGUGUUCUGUCUCUGAUGUGUAUUACUCCCCAUGCAACCAUAGGUUAACAAUGUUGUGGAGAGCACUGGCGGUUGUACUUUAGCAGAAAGUUUAUCCAUCUGGCUCUGGUUGUUCAAAGACUGGAUAGCGCUCUUGACUGAAUAAAUCUCGAUUCGGUGGAUAGCGCAGUACGUUCUGCUCACACUUAUCCAUUGGACAGCGAUUUACCCAUUUGAUAGUGUUAUCCGUCCUUUGAACAACUGGUCUCUGAAAGAUCUCUCAAGAAAGUAAAGGGUUUUCAUGUUGGAAAAUCCUGAUCACUUUGUAUUUACAUAACAUUUCUGUGUUUGUAAACAGGUACUAACACUAAUGAAAUCGCUGGUUACCGUGCAUGUCGAUGCCUCCAUAAAUUCUACCGCUUGGAUCGUUUUGGUCCUUGCAAAUCGUGUCCAUAUCAUGGAAUGAACUGUGAGAAUGAUACGGCAAUAUUAGCACCAAAUUACUUUUGGAAAUGGAACAGCUCCGAAAAAAUGGAAUCUUACAGAAGUUUCGUCCAAAACAUCCAAAUUACCACAGCUGAAUAUAAUAAAACCUUCUCCACUUUUGAAGGACUGUUGCCAAAGCCUCUGAAGUGCCCUUAUCCAGACUCAUGUAAGGGCGGAAUAAACUCAACGUGCAACACUGGCUACCAGGGUACCCUCUGUGCAUCAUGUUCCUCGUACCAUUAUCUUAGAUUCAACAGAUGUUUAAAAUGUCCUAAGCUGGUAGUCACAGUCUUUUCUUGUGGUCUGAUACUUUUGUCCUUUGUCCUGCUUUUUGUGAUUGUUUUCAAGUGCGACUCAAGACGAACAGGAGACAAUCGUUUUGUUGCAGAUGUCGUAAUGUCCUGCAUUAAGAUCAUUAUUGGAUUCUAUCAAGUUCUUGCUGGUAUUUUUUCAGCUUUGCUGCAUGUCCAGUGGCCAAUGGUUAUUUUAUCUGCGGCGAAAUGCUUGAAAUUUGUUGAAGGAAAUAUUUUACAGUUCGCACCUCUGAGUUGCAUUCACCCUGUGCUCCGCUUGGACCCAUUUAUUCAAUUUGUCCUCGCUGUUACUAUAAACGUCUUUGCUGUCUCUUUAAUACUGCUUUACCUCUUCUUUAAAAUGCUUCUCCUUAACAGGAUGGAGAAUUCCACGGAAGAAAACAAUUCCAAUUUUAUAGCGAGAAACACCUUAGAAAGAAUGGAGGAUACCACAGCAGAAAAUGCCUUGUAUGGAAUUGAGAAUUCCAUGCUAGAGAGUACUUCGGCGUGCUCAACGGGGGAAUCCAAAUGGGAAAAAAUCUCAAAGUUGAAGAAGUCUUGCUAUCGAAACAUCUUUUUAUUUCUCCUGUUGUCUUAUCCAAUAACAAGUAAGAAGAUUAUAAACAUUCUGCCCCUGCCAGGAGCGUGUGUCGAGAAGUGUUUCUUGAAUGAUGACAACGAUUGUAUUUCUCUACUGAAGGCCGACUAUUCCAUUCCUUGUUCUACCUCUCGACACAGUGACUUUUGGCACAUCGCUGCUGGGUUUGCACUGUAUCCCAUCGCCUUCCCAAUUCUGCUGCUGGCACUCCUUUGGAAAUGUCGAAAAUACCCACAAAAACACAAACAGUUUAACUUUGGCUUGAAAGUGUUCUAUGAGAACUAUAAGGACAAGUAUUGGUUCUGGGAGAUAGUUGAGAUGUACCGGAAGCUGAUCUUUAUUUCAGUUAUUCUUCUGUUCGACUCCGAAAGUGAUUCUCAAAUUGGCUUUGCUGUGAUCGCAGCAAGUGCAUCAGGAAUUGUAUACACCAUCUUUCGACCGAUGAAAGACAAGUUUGAAGAUCGACUACAAACAUUUGUGCUGUGGGUGAUAUUCUUUAAUGUCUGUCUUGGUGCAGUUUAUUCACGGCCCACCUUGAACGAGGGGCAUGGAGAUAACAAUACGUUAUUUGUAAAUGUGAUGUUUUUUAUUCUCAACUGUUCCGUGUUGGUUGUGGCAGUUGGUAAGUCCUCUGAUCAGAACUUUUUUUUCGAUCAAUAUAUUGUAACGGCAUUGCAGAAGACUUUAAGGGUUUGGUCGGAGUUGUUUAAUUACUUUUUUCCUAAAUGAGCUCUUUACACCGACAAGAACGUAUCUCUGUAAUGCAUUAAUACCUACUUGCACUAUACUUAAGUGAAAUAGUUGAUUCGGUCUUUGGGAGACAAAGUGGUCCGUUUGACACAUUAAGUCACAAAAACCUGGUCAAAGUUUGUUAAACUUGGUUAGCAGUGAGCCAAAUGUAUGAACAUGUUAGGAAACUUUGAUUAUUGUUAUCCGUUAUCUCUUCCGACCUUCACUGAAGGAUUACACGUUUUUCCAUCCCUGAAAACAAAGAACACUUCCUGAUACAAUAUUUGUAGUACUACUACUUCAAAUUACUACUACAAAGUACUACUGUCUACUACUUUUAAGUUUGCUUUUCUGUAACUUUUCCGUGUGGAAAGUUAAUCCGCUUUGUGAUGUUUCUUUUCCUUUCAGGAAAAGGUCUUCUCCAUUUGAUACAUGGCUGUCGACGCAAAAGAGACCCAGACUAUGAGGUCCUGGAGCCAAUCUUGGGGGAGGAAGACCAUGUUACAGAGUAAUGGCCGCUUUGGCGUUACAGUGUAUAACGUCUUUUUAACCUUUCCUCAUCAUGUUUACCGCCAUUGACUUGCACCAAAAGCCAAUAUGAUUUAACAGCCGAGAUUAAAAGAUUGAUGGACUUGACUCAUCCAUAAUGUUUGAACUGAGAAAACCAAAAGAUUAAACAAGAGAACAUAAAAUUUACUGGCCAGAUUUCAAGACAAAAAAAACUUAGACUUUACAUGUAGUUUAUAAAUAAUAACAAUCAGAAAUUAGAUGAGUAAUUGAGAGCUUAAUCAACUCAAUUAAUUUUUUCCUUUUCACUCUUUUUUGCGGUUCCAUCGUUCAAUUGAAAAUUAAAUUGAUCGACAAAGAGAGCUUAGCUAGUCAUAGCUACAUGUGCUCCACUGUUGGUGGCUGCUGUUUUUUCAGGGCAUUUUAUUGUUCGAAACUACUUGGACGGCCCUUUUGAGGGGGAAACCUGAACCAGGAACUUGGAUUCAUUAACUAGACUGCCACAGCUGUGUCGUAACGUCACAUCUUUUCAGAUUCUGUGAUGACCACAAGCAUAAGAAUUUAUACCGUCCAAUAUGUAUCUUUUGUCGUCGAAGCAAGAUAAUGACACUUUGUAGCUUCAUAGUUGAUGAUUUUUGCUUCAGAUAGUUUUCAUUGUAUGAUGC